AUGGCCCAUAAGAAUGCACAACCUGAUCGUUCAUACAACAAAAAUACUAACAGAGGUCGUGGAAGGUCCAAUCGAGGUCGUGGUGGAAGAGGUGGUCGCUUUAAUUCCAGAAAUUAUUCCACCAAUAGUAAAACUUGGCAGUCCAACGACCAGCAACAAAACCAAGCGACUAAUCCAGCGUCUUAUCUAUCGCAUUCUACUCCAAACGCACCUUCUCAGCAGUGGUUCCCUGACACUGGGGCGACACAUCACAUCACUCCUGAUCUUACCCUGUUUUACCAAAUUGAGGAUUAUAAAGGACCAGAUCAAGUUCAUGUUGGCAAUGGUAAUGGUAUCCCUAUUCAUCACACUGGUAAUGCCAUUCUUCCCUCCCCCUUUCGACUCAUUCGUCUAAAUAAUAUUCUUCAUGUUCCCGCUAUCACUAAACGUUUACUCUCUGUCCAACGUUUUGCUCGUGAUAAUAAUGUUUUCUUUGCAUUUCAUCCCUACCAUUUUGUUAUGAAGGAUCGGGCUUCUAAGACAUCACUUCUUUCAAGCAAGAGUGAUUGGGGACUCUAUACUCUCCGGUCAUCUUCUACUUCCAAGUCUACUUCACCCUCGGCUCUUUACUCUAUCAAGCCGGCUAAUAAGAAGCAAGAGCAGAGAACAGAGCAAAAGCUAGAGAAAGAGCACAAGAGAAUGCAGAAUUGA